AUGCUCUCCACUCUUGCUAAAUCUGCUCUCAGACCGGCAUCGAAGGCUGUCAGAAGUGCCGUUCUGUCGACAGCUGCCACAAAGCCUCAAGAAAAGAAUGCCAAAGCACCGGUGGAGUCGCAGUCGUUUUGCAUGAACCUCUUCCGAGGUCGUGCCGUCACCAAUCAGAUAUUUCCCUAUCCACUGAAACUAGACGACGAUCAACGUGAAACUCUACACAUGAUUCUUGGACCCACUGAGAAGUUCCUUGAAGAAGUCAACGACGUCGUCAAGUGGGUUUGA